UUUCGGUGUUAAUUUAGCAUUUUAUAAAUUAAACGUAUAUUGUUCUAAGUUUCUUCAAACAUAAGAUUCCUUCUAAAUCUUUUAAUUUGUUUUAUUUUAUAACUACAGCCUAAGAUAGCCCUGUUAUUAUUUAACCGGCUUCCCAGUUAAAAUUGAAAAUUCCAUGCUUCUAUAAAAUUACAAAUUUGGACAGAGAGAUAAUUAAUUCAUCUGUACUUUACUGUGGUACUAGGUAUAAAUCAGAAAUAUUAAUAUUAUGAAUUAUAACAAAUUAAUCUGUAAUUUAAUAAUAAGUACUCAGUUAAUCAUUACAAGUUUUUGCUUUGAUAAAAAUGGAUAUGUUGCUUAUUGCCCAUGCAUGGGUCGUUUUGGAAAUCAAGCAGAUCACUUUUUGGGUGCAUUACAAUUUAGUAAAGGUUUAAAUAGAACUUUAAUUUUACCUCCAUGGGUUGAAUACAGAUAUGGAGAAAUAAAGUCUUUACAAAUCCCUUUUGAUACAUAUUUUGAUAUUGAUUCAUUACAAUCUUAUCACAAAGUAAUUAGUAUGGAAAAAUUUAUGCAUGAUUUUGCUGUUGAUAUUUGGCCACCAAAUAAAAGAAUUGCAUUUUGCUACACCCAAAGAAUUGGUGAUUUAGAAAAAAGUUGCAAUGCAAAAUCUGGAAAUCCAUUUGGGCCAUUUUGGGAUACGUUUAAUAUAGAUUUUGUUGGGUCGGAAUUUUAUGGACCUUUGAAUUAUGAUGCCCAUAACAAAAUUAUGAUGGAGAAAUGGGCAAACAAGUACAAUCCUCAAGACUGGCCUGUGCUUGCUUUCACAGGAGCCCCUGCCAGUUUUCCUGUGCAAGCAGAAAAUGUUCAUUUACAAAUGUAUGUUAAAUGGAACUCUAAUAUGCUUCAUAAAGCUAAAGCAUUUAUAAAGAAAAAUAUGGGUGGUGGUGGUUUCUUAGGUAUUCAUUUAAGAAACGGCCAAGAUUGGGUAAAAGCUUGUGAACAUGUAAAGAAUAGCCCUAAAUUAUUUUCUGCUCCACAAUGCAUUGGUUAUAACAAUGAAAGAGGGAUGCUCACAGCAUCUAUGUGUCUUCCUAAAAAGAAAGAAAUUAUUAAGCAAGUGAAGCGUGCACUGAAGAAGUUAAAUGAUAUUAAGUAUAUCUUUGUUGCAUCUGAUUCAAAUCACAUGAUAGAGGAUUUCAAUGAUGCCCUGAAAGAUUUUCAUAUUACCACGUUGAGAUUUACACCAAAUGAUCCACAUAUGGAUUUGUGUAUCUUAGGACAAGCUAAUUAUUUUAUUGGAAACUGUGUUUCGUCAUUUACAGCAUUUGUAAAGAGGGAAAGAGAUUCUAAAGGAUUACCAUCAGAAUUUUGGUCCUUUCCAAGUCGUAAAAAAAAUAAACAUGAUGAACUUUGAUUAUCGUAUAGGAGGUAGCAACGUUGACAAGUGAGCAUUUUAGUAAGUAUAGUUGGUUCUUUGAUUUGCUG